AUGCCUUUCAAGAUACCGAAUGACGGUGUCACUGUUACGGUCAAAUCCGACAACGGGCACCUUGUUCCGAUCGAGCUCAAUGAUCGCGUACUCAGAAACUGUCCGGUAAUCAACGCAAUGCCCUCGGGUACCAUACUACCCAACGUGCAAGUGAAGCCUUUUCAGGUCGUGACGAGUUAUCUGGAUGGCGACGAUCUCCCGGCGGUCUUCGCGAGUCGCGUCGACAGUAGUGCGCCUUUGCUCCUCUUCGCUCAAACGUGGGCGCUCGCGGCGCGACUUGGUCUUCCUAUCUUGCAGAAUGAGCUCAUAUCGGUCGUGACCGACGUUCACGCCAGAAUCAUUAACGGAAGCGGAACAGACUCGCGCUGGCAGCACACUGCCGAUGGGUCUCUUGUCGAAGCUUUCCGGCAUCUCCGAGAACAGGUCGGGGCGAACAGUCAUGCCGAAAAGUUUCUCAUAUGCUUUGUUGGCCGCACAGCACUGUUCGUCAGCGAACUGGACCAAAAUCUCACCCGCGAACAUCUGGACCCUGCUACCCGAAAGGAAAUAUUGGACGAAGCACGAUCCUUCGGUCUGGAUCCUAUCAAACAUCAGCCACAAACGUUCCGUAUCAACCCCCAACAGCCACCAAAAUAUCGACCCCUUGAGCAAGACUGUAACGAUACAGGUAUGGCUGAUGGGUUUUGGUCACCCCCCGGGGCGUCACGCUCAAUCACCAGGGACGACAUGUGGAACCUGCCUCCACAACACCGUAAAUCUCCGAAACUCAUGUACCCGCGGCCACGCAGCCCGCUUUCCAAUCGGUUCGACCACGGCUCAGAUCCAUUGGUAUGCACGCAGUCUGGAGACCCCAGUGAUCCAGAUCCAGGGUACACAUCGCAGGCCAUCAAUUUCGAUGAUCCCAAUCGGCCCACUGGCGAUGGAGUUAACGUGAUCCGUCUGACAGGUCAAGGCUCAGGCGGCCCACGAUCUCUACCCUGCCCGGCCAACUAUCAUCAUGACACCACAUUACCCUACAUCAUCCAAAUUACGCAGCACAACGAUAACGCUCAUGGAAACGGAAACUACACUCACUAUGGCGACAAAAGCAGUACGACUGCACAUGCUCAGGGUGGUGGUACUGGACGCUCAAACCGGACUGUACGAGCAGUAGCGGAUAGCGGAGAACGGCGCUACAAGCUCAUCAGGGAGAGGAAGGGAAAGCAAUCCAAAUGGUUUUCGCUCUUGGCAUACGGCAGCAAGUACUAUUAA